AUGACUCGGUUCCACGUACCAGGAGGUUCCGUUGCCGCUGGUAGCCUUCUUUUCGCAGUAGAGAUUCCUGGACUCGAGGAUGCACAGUGCGAUAUCCCUAGCUCAUCGUCGAUGAGCGGUCGGCACCGAGGCAGCAGGACACGAACGGCUGAGGCCGCGGACAUAGAAGAGCUUGCCCAGAACUGGCAGGCAUCGGCGGCCAGUGUCCGGCUCCUUAAUGACGUCCGCAUCCUCAAGCGCCAAGGGCAGGCGGCCGAUGCCGCCACGCUUGCGCAGCGGCUGAGGGACGUGGGCUAUGAUGCAACGCACGUCGCACAAAACGCAUCGAACUCGAUAUCAAGCUCGCUGCGGCUGGCCCAUGACUUCGUAAUUGUGAAAGGCUGCGGGGGUUGCUUGGCAUCGCUGGUGGUGGAGCCCGAUUUCCGGGAGCACUUCUGCAUCGGUUCCAUGUAUGCGACGGAGCGUUACCGCCAGCUCCUGGAUGCUGUCCCUGAGGAGCUUGUUGCUCCGUACAGCAAGAUACAGGAAAUGGUAAAGCUGAUUUGCGCGGAGAUGAAGUUCAGCUUUGAGGCGACCGGAAACUACCUGCCCCCCUGGCGCAGCAUGUGCAGCGUGCUUUCGCGAUGGGCGGCGGCGAGGCAGUAGAUCAGAGGUCAGAGAGAGGUCGUGACGCCAACAGUGUUUGGAGAAAGCAGCAGAGCAUUGUAGGGCGUUUGUGUGCGUUGUCUUUCUCGAGGAGGUUCAUUCAUGCGCAGUCAAGUUAGAUGUUCCUUGCGUGGAGCAGCUUCCAAGCCGCCAAGGGAGGAUGAGUCAAGUCGGCACACACGAGUGCAUGCUGAGAGGUUUAGCUACCGGGCAAAUUCGCGAGGAUAUCUUCCCUCA